CGGUAGGCCAUUCAGAAAACAGACGCAUACAAGAUGGUUUCCGACUUCAGAAAGAAGAAGCUCAUGUACGCUUUCUCGUCGUUCUUCGACGAGAACAACAGUGGAACCAUCGACAAGAAGGACUUCCAACUGGCCGCUGAGCAGAUCGCGAAGAUGCGCGGAUGGGCUUCCGGCAGCGCGCAGCAGAAGGAGCUGGAAUCUUCCCUCAUGAAGAUCUGGGAUUCGCUCCAAUCCCACGCCGAUAAGGACAAAGACGGCCAGAUCUCCGCCGACGAGUGGCUAUCCAUGUGGGAGGACUACGCCAAGAACCCAUCGGCUCCAUUGGAGUGGCAGAAGCUGUACUGCAAGCUGAUCUUUGACCUCCAGGACGCUAGCAACGACGGGUCUAUCGAUGCUACGGAGUUCUCGACGGUCUGCGAGUCCUUCGGCAUCAAAAAGGAUGAGGCGGUAACGUCCUUCGCCAAGAUGGCCAAGGGCAAGUCCAACAUCUCCUGGGCUGAGUUCCAGCAGCUAUGGCAGGAGUACUUCGUGUCGGAGGACCCCAGCGCCCCCGGUAACCACAUCUUCGGAAAGUCUACCUUCUAGUCUGUGAUCUGCUUGGGUAAAGUAUUUGCCUGAUUGUGAUAUUAUGUAUUUAAUUUUUGGAUGUUAGUUCUAUUUAUG